AUGUCCCAACCCCCGCGCGCCCGGCCGCGCCGCCACGCCAUCAUCGUCGGCGCAGGCGUCGCCGGGCUCGCCGCUGCACAGCAGCUUCUCGCCUCACAACAUGACAUCCAAGUUACUGUCCUCGAGGCACGCAACCGCGUCGGCGGCCGUAUACUCACCACAUGGCUCAACACCGUGGAACAUGACCCAGACCAACCGCUACAACAAGCCCCGCACGAUCGACCGCCAGACCCCGCCGCUCCGGACCCAAGUACUGCCCCGACAGCUGAUUUACACUCCGCCGCCGACGUACGCGACUGGGCUCCGAACACAAAGUCUCCCAACCCCGCCCUUGCCCAUCCGUCAAGUUCCAAAGAGACUCCUCACGCGCUUCCAUUCGCUGCCUUGGUGAACGGCACCUUCAACCCACCGCGCGAAACUUCUGACGCCGCUCCGCUUACGGCCGUAGACAUUGGCGCCUCCAUCAUGCACGGCUGCGGCGACGACAGCCAGCACGUAUUCCAUCGCGCCAUUCAGGAAAAGAUUCGUGCCCCCGUCGUCGCCGGCGGUGGCUUCUAUGAAAGCACCGAACACGCUCUCUGGUUUGAUCAAAACACUGGCAAGCGUAUCCCGUCGGAGAAGGUCGUCGAGGUCCAUAAUAUAUUCUUCAUGGCCAGCAGGUACAUGGCCGCUGUGUCCGCUGUAUCGGACGACGGCGCCGCCGAUUUGCAGUCCGUCUUCGAUUGUGGUGUCGAGUAUGUGUGCGAUCAACUGGGGGAGAGAAAGUUGACAGAUGUCGAGCAUGCGAUCAUGAAGAAGAUCUGCGCGAGGAGCGUAGGGUAUUGCUCCUCCAUGGAUCGAAUGGCCUUGAUGCAGGCCAGUGCUGGUAUGGAUGCAUCCUGCUCAGACAUUCAGAUUGGCUCCCAGUUUGAUGAGGACGAUCCGCCGUAUCCGGGUGAGCUUCCAGCAAUGUCUGCGAAUGGGAUCCGUCAGCAGGCCGCACGAUUGACGAAAGCUGUCAUCAACACUCAAAAGCCGCCAAAGCCUAUGAUUGCGAACAAACGCGGAGGUAGCGGAGAUCGAAUUGUACUCGAUGGCUACACUCCUUUUCUUAUAGACAAGUUGGCGCAUGGCGUCGAUAUCCGCCUCGGCCAAGCUGUUUGCGGAGUUGCCAAAGUGCACAAAGCCGUUGUUGAUGAGGGAACAUCAGAGAUCGGAGAGGCUCAGGGGUUUAGCGGCACAAAGUCAAAUGAUCCCCAUGCGACAUCUCAAGGCGUUUCAGAUGUCCACUCAAGAUCCAUAAUCGUUUCGACUCGCACUGGUGAUGUGUAUCCAGGAGACUUUGUUAUUAUGACGGUCCCGCUUGGAGUCUUGCGAGGAGAGCAUGCAGAAAGCUCAGUCCAAUUCUCCCCCCCUCUCUCAUAUGACAAGGUGGAAGCAAUCGGGGGCAUGGCAAUGGGGGUCCACAACAAAGUGGUCUUGCGCUUUCGAAAGCAAGACGUAUUUUGGCCCCCCAAGAUCCCACAGCUCAACUGUUUAGACCCUAGGUUUCAGUUCUUUAAUCUGCACAGCUACGGGAAAACUGGAGUUCUUCUGGUGCAAGUAUUCGCUCAAAGCGGGUUUGCCAAGGGCUUCAGCGGUCUCUCUGAUGCUGGGGUAGUGGCGGAAGUACUCACCGUUCUUGGUGGUAUGUUCUGCAAGCGAGAGCGGAGCAACGACACUUCUGUAGAUGAUGCUGCUGCCCAAGCAGCCAACAAAACCUCAAAAGAACGAAGAAGAGUUGCACAGCUUCUCAACAUCUGUGAAAAAGUUGAUUGUGGAGCUGCUGUGACCAAGGACACUUCGCAGGGUAGAAAUGGGGGUGGUGUACAGUGUAGCUCUUGCGGACUGGUCAUGGAUUGGGGACCACAAGCAGAACAGGACCAAAAGGCUCCCUCGAAACGACCUGAGCAUUCGGCGAGGCUGCGUCAGAAAGCAGCAAAGAUGCACGACCAUAUGGAUCAGCGCGGAGAUGAGAAGGAUCUUGAGGAGAUUGAGUUAGGGCCCCAGCAACGCAGUCUGACAUGGUCAAAGUUUCCAGCACCAGAAGAGUACAUCGUCACACGAUGGGAUGAGGACCCGUAUGCCCUUGGCUCAUAUUCAUUUAUGCCUUGCGGUUCAAACUGGCAGAUGAUUGAUCAGAUAGCAACACCAGAACCACCAGACGACCCUCAUCCGUACCUCUUCUUUGCGGGAGAGCACUGCAGUGAUUUGGGAUGGCAGUGCGUCCAUGGCGCCUAUGAAACAGGGCUGAAAUCAGCGCGGAGGCUCUUGGCUUGCAUUGAGAGCGUUGAUGGUGCCCCACCCGUGAGAGAUGAGGGCUUACGAAACGCAGAAAUUGCAAAUGCUGAACCAGCGGUCAGCGUUGUGACCCAGCCUACCGUGACGCCACGGGCAUUGGCGAAGCGGCGAAAGUCACAGCUACCGCCGAAUAGCUCUCCCAACGCAUUUUGGACAGAUGAACGAGAAAGGGCAUUAACGCGAGCUUUGAUCGGAUAUUCAGAUGUAUACGGGAAUUUCAUGGAUCUGGUCGAUGAGAUGGCCUUCGCGCUCUUCAACUUCAAGAAGGAACCGACAAGUCUGACCCAAGAGCAAGUUCUGGAACUUGUUCAUGAACGAAUUGAAGAAAGAGCUCGUGACAAUGAUAAGGAAGCGAAAGCUUUUCUACAUUUCCACAGCCCAGAAGUCGUGGCAGGCCGAGAAGGAGCGUUUCCGAAACGCUUCCAGGAGCUGACUAAGAGACAAAGAAUGGUAGGCCUAAAUGGGUCGAUACUGAAGGAUCGGUAUGCAGACGAAAUCGUCCGUGAACUGAGGCUUCAUGCUGAACAAGUAUCCAACAAUGAAGUCUCGUACAGAGAAACGCUUCGAAAGAUUGCGAUGAAGUUGUACAUGAAAGAUGGGGGCUUGAUGACUAAGAGAUGUCUCUCCGAGUACUUGCGGACUCAGGAGUUCGGCACGGGUCCGCAGAAGGAACUUUACAUGGCCAAGUAUCUUCCAGUCUUGAAACGCUGAGGGGGAAUGCUUAAAUCUGUUACCGCAACUGUCAUUUUGCGCAGCCGCGUCACCCGAUGAAUCGUGGUAACCUAGGUGAUCGUUUUCGUCUCUUCAUCAUAGACCGCAGGUAACGGAGUCAAUGUACAGCCGGAUGAUCCAAUAACAGCAGACGUUUCACAUAUGUAUACCGAUAGAAGGAUGAAAUACCGGAGACAAGAACGCCCGAAAUAAACAUAUUACCUAGACGGGUCUUGGGUGAUGGUUUGGAACUGGCGUGCUGGAGGCCUUCUACUGCGCGGCAGAUGGACAACAGGAUUCGAGCUCUGUAACUGACGUCGUCAAUUUGAGUAUUUGCAGCUGGAAAAGUCUUGGCUGCUUUUUCAAGCAGAACGACAGAUUGCUCUAACUACGACCCGAAAUGAUGAGGCAUGUAAACGUGUUCCGAAUCUCAUUUGUACUGGUACUCAGGACAGCAGCCUCCUGGCAGGUGGCUACCUAGUCUAGUUUCUAGUGUAUAAGAGACCGUCAUGUUGUUACAUCGGGAUGGAACAGAAUUCAGUGCGCGCUUGGCCUCACAUGAAGCCCGCCUUCCUUUGUUGAUUAAAUCCAGCCGGUACAGUCGACUAUCCGCUUGGGAUUAACUGUGCUCCUCAA